AUUUAUUUAGUUACAUAUUUUAAGUACGAGUAAAUUUUGUUUAGUUUAUUAUAUUUGUGUUGUUGUGGCAAAAUGGUGCUCAAUCCGAGAUGUGCCAUAUGGAAGUAUUUCGACAAUAUUAUUGAUGAAGGGGUUGCGGUGUGUAAAUUAUGUAAACAGCGCUUGAAAAAUGAUCGAAGCUACAGUUUGAGAAAACACAUCAAUAAACUGCACAAUCCUAAUAGUGAGAUAUGGAAACAUUUUAAUAAUAUUGUGGAUGAAUGUGUUGCAAUAUGUAAAAUAUGCAAUAAACGUGUAAGGAACAAUCGGCACUUUAAUUUAUCAUUGCAUCUAAAACAGCACGACAUUAUUGUGGAUACCACCGAUAAGGAAAAUGAGACAUUGUCCAUAAAACCAAGUAAGAUCAAUAAUCCAAAUCCUACAAGUACACAGAGGAUUAAAGGUAAAUUAUACAUUGAAAUGGAAGAAAAAACUUUAGUUGGAGCUGUAAUGGGUCUCAUCGUUGAAGAAGGAAUAGCACCUCAAAUAUUUGCUUCGAAAAAUAUGCAGCAACUGCUAAGUCCAGUCUGCGAUGCCAUAUCUUUACAGGAAGUCACAAAAUUCCAUGUAGACGAAAUUCAAAGUGAAAGAGUUCUAUCUUCAGUGGCCAAUCAUAUACGCAACGAAUUUUGUAGUGAUUUACACUGGCGUUUGUUGUCUCUAAAGAUCGAUAUGGAUCUGAAUGCUACUUCAAAUUCGUUUUGCCUAAGUGUGCAAUUUAUUAAUGAAAUGGAAGUGGAAACACGCAAUCUCGGUGUAAUAACUCUAAAGGAACACGAACAUUUAACUGAGCAACAUAUUAUGGAGGUUUUACAUCAAUUCAAUAUUGAUACCAACCAGAUUGUGAGCGCUUGUUGGGAUAAUACAAAAGUAAACUUCAGACGUUCGAUUGAAAACUCUGAAUAUUUAAAAGAAAUGCAGGAAUUUUAUAAAAAUCCAGAUAUACAAGUGGGUGAUACAAAGAUCGAGCGUUAUAUUGGUGUCAUUGGCCAACUAUGUGUUAUGGAUGUUAUCAGAAACCCUAGUAUAUUUGCAUUGUUUCUGGAAUGCCGCAAUUUGACCAAAGCUAUUAACGACAAGUCAAAUAUAUUCUAUGAAAAGUUUGAACAAAGCAAUUUGAAAAUUCCUCAAUUGGACUCACCCUGGAAAUGGGGUUCAUCUUUCACAAUGAUGAACGAUUUGAACGAAGCUCGCUUUAUUUUAGGAAACAUAAAGUAUGAACAACCCGAUCAAUUUAAUCUGAACGAUAAUCUCUUGAAUUUCAUCGAUGCUUUUUGUAAAUCUUUGAAUAUUGUGCAAAAAUCAUUGCUAAAAUUUUACAACGAAGAAAUGCAUUUUGGUGACUUUUACGCGCAAUGGCUAAAGAGUAAACUUGUUACAGAAAAACUUUUAAAUGCUAACAAAACACAAGAGACUCAUUUAAAACUCAUUCUGUCGGAACUUUCGAAAAGUAUCGAAAAUAGGUGGAAUGAACAUUUAAAUCAAGAUCAUUUUAAAGCUUGUUUAUAUUUGGAUCCUCGCUUCCAGCACACAUUAAAUUUGCCAGAGAAAAUGUUUGCCAUGGAAUAUUUAAAGCAAUUAUGGGAUCGUUCUAAGAUAUAUAAUGCUGAACUUAUCGAUCCAGUCUCUGAGUCUAGAACACAAUCUCUAGCAAUACCACAACAGUUAGACGAUGAUGAUGAAGAUAUCUGUUUAAAUGAAUUUCUAUGCCAGGGUGUUCAAGAUGCAGAAUCCUCAGGAAUUUAUAACAAACUGGAAGAAUUCAAAUUACCAUUUCAUAAGGUCGACACGAACAUUUUGCGCUUUUGGAGGGAUCAAAAAAUCUGUGAACCUGAAAUGUAUAUUUUAAGCACAAUUUGUUUUGCUAUGCCAGCUACCCAAAUUUACAACAAAAUUCGUUACUCUCACCUCGAUCUUUCUAUACAAACUUCAAAUGUUCCACCUUAUGUCAAAGGAAAUCUAGGAUUUAUACGCUUAAAUCAACAUCAUUUAGAUGAUGCUGUACAGAAACUGGGACUUUUCAGAGAAGACGAUUCAUCUGAUAAUGAAAUGUCUGAAGUAUCUGAGGAUAACAGUGUGAGUUUGUCGACUAUAAAAACCAUGACUUGCCUUCAAUCCCCUUCAGCUGGUGGUAUAGAUGUUCUAGCGGAUAUAAUUGUUAAAUCAGAAAUUGAUGACGAUGAAUAGUAUUUAAUCAAAUUAUUUUUAUAUGUUAUUAAUACUAACAGUAAACUUUAUUCAAGGAUAUAAAUAUUAAUAUUAAAAUAUAUUUUUUUAAUUUCAAAUGAAAUA